UGGGUGUGACUGGAAGUUGAGAGAAGAACUGGCACAAUGGCCACAACAACAAACGCUGCAGGCUGCUCUUCGUCUUCUGUUUUACCUCCAUAACAUAUAAUGGUAUCACCCUACAUAUCGAUAAGGUAUAUAUACACUGACAUCAGUAAUGAAUUAUUGAAUAGAUGAAGUAUUGGUAAAUGUAUAUUACAAUAUGAAUUGGACAGUGGAAAAAGAUGAAGUAGAUUGUGAGAACAUUGUUGGGCACAGUUGUAGAGAACAGUGUGCAAGACAAGUAUUACCAACUGAAGGAAAGAAUUCUAAGUAUACAAGAAAUUAUUCAAUGUUGAAAUAAUUAAAAACUUGUGUGCAAAUUCACCCCCUCAUAAUACUUUUGUCACUUGUAGUAAUAUUUAACCAGCCAUCACAAGUAGUGUACUUGUAGUAUAUCAGCCUGAGUAUCAUCAGAGGAACUGUACAUAUAACAAGAGUAUAUAAUUUUUGUACUCUUCCCUGUUGAGUGUUACUAUAGUGUAUGUUGUAAGUCAAAAACAGUGUUUGUUAAUUUAUAUAUUAAUGACAACUAAAGUUAUUUGUGUAACUCAUUCUUUACACUAUUUUUCACAUUUAAUCAAAGAGGUAUUGAGGAACCUUAUUAAUAAUGGUGUAGUCACAUCACAAACUGGAUCUUCCAUCACACUUGCCUCCCCACUGUCCACCCAUCUCAGCAUCAAUACAUCAGUGUCAGUAAAUUACAUUCACUAAUAGAUUUGUUUCAGUUGUGUUUGUUGUUUUUCAAAUAUAAUUAACAGUAACAAGAUAUUAAUAGCUCCUGUAGGAGGAAACCAUUUCCCAGUUCAGAGUCACUAAAACCUUUGAACACAAUACACACAGUUUUAUAAUGGAAGGUCACUCAGAGGAACAGUCGGAGUCUCCCAGAGAAUUGUCUGUAAAUUCACAUCAGGUAACAAAUUUGAAAGAUGACUUACACCAGAAACUGUUUGCGUGUCCAGAAUGUCAAAAAGGUUUUCCACAAAAAUAUAAAUUAAAUUACCAUAUGAGAAUUCAUACAGGAGAGAAAUCAUAUCAAUGUUCUGAGUGUCUGACAGACUUUGCCCGAAGAGGUACUUUAGCUGCACAUAUGAGAAUUCAUACGGGAGAGAAACCUUAUCAGUGUUCUCUGUGUCUGAAUGAUUUUGCCCGAAAAAGUCAUUUAGUCACACACAUGAGAAGUCAUACGGGAGAGAAACCUUAUCAGUGUUCUGUGUGUCUGAAAGACUUCGCACUUAAAUCUUCUUUAGUUGCACACAUGAGAAGUCAUACAGGAGAGAAACCUUUUCAGUGUUCUGUGUGUCUGAAAGACUUUGCACAUAAAUCUUCUCUAUAUGUACACAUAAAAAGUCAUACAGGAGAGAAACCAUAUCAGUGUUUUUUGUGUCUGAAAGACUUCUUACAUAAAUCUUCUUUAGACGCACAUAUGGGAAGUCAUAGAAAAGAGAAACCACAUCAGUGUCCAGAAUGUUUGAAGGACUUUCAAGAUAAAUCUAAUCUCAAAAGACAUAUGAGAAUUCAUACAGGAGAGAAACCAUUCCAGUGUUCAGAAUGUCAUAGAGGAUUCUCUGAAAAACGUUCUGUAGUAAAACACAUGAAAGUUCACAAAGUAAAACCCUUUCACUGUGUAAGAUGCAAGAAAGUCUUUAAGGAGAAAGAGAGUUUAACAUUACAUACAGAGAGAUGUUCCCAGAUUCACCAAGUGCCUAACUCACAUUUUAAUGAAGGUGAAAGCUGCCAGGAUUUCCACCAUGACUUGAGCUUGUCAUCCCAACCAACAGUGGAGAUGGGUGUUUCUGAAGGAGUGAAAAAGUGUGUUUCUGAAGGAGUGAAAAUGGAAACUAAUUGUGAUCCACUCUCAGAAGCUUCACCAGGGCCUGAGAUAAUUGAUCAAUCAUCUUUAAAGAUGGAGUGCCAGGAACAAGCAGUUUAUAUUAAGGAAGAAUUUUGAAGUUGUUUUUGUUGAAUACACUGUAUUGUACUUGUGCUACUGAUAUUCUUAUUAGACUGAACUUCAUGUUAUGUACAUUUUGUGAAUAAAAUCGUUACAUUUUAUGAUUGAAACAAAAAGAUAUAAAAUUGAAACCUUUUGAAAUCCCAAACAUGACUUGUGGGCACAUUGGUGGCAGUCAUUUCCCUACCCAAGUGCAGGUCUCUGGCAACUGUACAGGUACAGUACCUUUUUUUUUAUGCAAAAGUUCUGUUUAUGUAAUUUUGUAAUACAGUAGAACCUCCUUAUUUCUAACUGCUCUUACAAACUUUGCUUAAUCAAAUGAAUUUCAAAUUCAAACAGAUUGUUCAACAUAUAUCCUUAGUGAAACAUGGCCUUUGUUAUGCUAUAUGUUUCAUAUGCCAAAAAUAAACAAAAUCUGUAUAAUAAAAAAUAAAAAUGAUACAUAGUGCAUCAUAAAAUACA